AUGGUAUCAGAAUAUCUGCAUUCCAGAGGCGUGGCUCACAGAGAUUUAAAACCAGAAAAUUUAUUGCUGGACGAUGCUGAUAACCUGAAAAUCUCCGAUUUCGGUUUGGCUACACUCUUCCGCUAUCAGGGACGUGAACGGGAAAUGGAGAAGUGCUGUGGUACACUUCCCUAUAUUGCCCCAGAGGUUGUGAAGCGUCGUCCUUACCCUGCCCAACCAGCAGAUAUCUGGUCUUGUGGAAUUAUUUUAGUGGCCAUGUUAGCUGGAGAGUUACCCUGGGAUGAACCAACUGUUGCCUGUCUUGAAUAUACAGAUUGGAAAUUGUGUAAUGUGAUUCGAAAUUGUUCCUGUUGCAAAUCAAGAUGCAGUACAAAAUGUGCUCACUUUUUCUCUUUGGUUCUUUAUAUUGCACUCUCUAAACUCUGUCUUCCUCCAUCUCUGAUGCUCUGUCAUUUAUCUUCCUCUUUCUCUCGCACACAGUCGUCUGUUUCUCUCUCCUUCAUGUCUCUCCCUCUUUCCCAUUUAUCUAUCUCUCCCUCUUUCCCAUUUAUCUAUCUCUCCCUCUUUCCCAUUUAUCUCUCUCUCUACCUCUUUCCCAUUUAUCUCUCUCUCUACCUCUUUCCCAUUUAUCUCUCUCUCUACCUCUUUCCCAUUUAUCUCUCUCUCUCUCCCAAAUUUCCCCAUUUAUCUCUCUCUCUCCCCCCAUGUAUUUGUCUCUCUCUCCCAAAUGUAUUUGUCUCUCCCCCUCCCCCCCAUUUGUCUGUCUCUGUCUCCCCCCCCAUUUGUCUGUCCCCCCCCAUUUCUUUACUCAGAAAAAUUUUACAAGAAAACUACACAAAACGCUACACCAUCGCCCAUAUUCGUAAAAAUCAAUGGUUUACAAAAAGCAUCAAAAAAGUUUUAUCUACUCGAUUAGAUUCUUCAUCUCCAUGUGAUUCUCGAAGUUUAAAACGUAUUUGUUCUGGAUUGGACCAAGCAUCCCCACUGCCUUCAGAAAGAGUUGACCAACCAUUCUCUCUGUCUCAGCCAGAUGUCCCCACUCGAUACACAGAAAGUCCCCACUCUUCUCUCGAAUCUCUUAAGGCAAUAAGCUAUUCACAACCGACUAGACCUGAUCACAUGAUGCUCUGUAGCCAGAACCAAACCCAAGAAUCUCAGAGUUCUGGUCCACGUUUGGUUCGUCGGCUGACACGAUUCUUCGUGAAGACUAAUCAGGAAAGAACUGUGAAUGAACUGAAGAGAGUCUUUGAUUCUUUAGGUUUCACAUGGAAGAAAAAUUCCUUAGGAUUGUUCACGAUACGUACUUUGGAUCGACGGAAAAUGCCUUUGGUGUUCAAAGCAGUUUUGGGGAGGGAACAACAAUUUAUAAACUUUUCUUCUUCUUUGUCCCUGCUUUCUUUUUUCUUUGCCUUUGUCCCUGCUUUCUUUUUUCUUUUCCUUUGUCCCUGCUUUCUUUUUUCUUUUCCUUUGUCCCUGCUUUCUUUUUUCUUUUCCUUUGUCCCUGCUUUCUUUUUUCUUUUCCUUUGUCCCUGCUUUCUUUUUUCUUUUUCUUUUUUCCUUUGUCCCUCCUUUCUCCUGCUUUUUUUUUUCUUUUCUUCUUUGUCCCUUCUUCUUCUUUCUCCUGCUCUUUUUAUUUUCUUUUCUUUUUUCUCCCUUUCUUUUAUUUUCCUUCUUCUUUCUCCCUGCUCUCUUUUUUUUUCUCCUUUCUCCCUGCUCUCUUUUAUUUUCUUCUUCUUCUUUCUCCCUGCUCUCUUUUAUUUUCUUCUUCUUCUUUCUCCCUGCUCUCUUUUAUUUUCUUCUUCUUCUUUCUCCCUGCUCUUUGAGAGAGGUGAUGGCAUCCAAUUCAAGAGAAAUUUUGUGAAGAUACGUAAUUCUUUGCAACCCGUAAUCCGUUCUGUUCCUACUGUGACUGCUUGGGCCAGCAUCCCUGCAUCCAUGGCAACAAAUGAUGAAGAAAGCACCCAAAAUAAUCCCGAAAAAAAUUUUUUCGUUUCUCUCUCUCUCUCUCUCUCUCUCUGUGGUUGGCUUUUCCUUGACUAUUUCUUUAUUUCUCUUUCUUUCCUUUUUUUAAUUUGUUUUAUUUCUCUAAUUCUCUCAGUAACUUUGCUACUUUUUCCUUUUGGUGACUCUCUUGCUUCAUUCAUAUUUGAUUUUGUUUCUUUUUAUCUCUCUACCUGGUUUCUCUUUUUUCUCUGUCUCUCUCUCUCUCUCUUGUCUCCUUUAUCCUUGUAUUUAUUGUUCUCUCUUUCUCUUGCCUGA